UAGCUACCUACUGGAUGCCAAGGCCAAACGCGCUACCUAGCUGGACUACAUAGGUACAUAAUCUUUUGCUACGGUCAAUGUUAAGCUCAGAUCGCGCGACUGCAAUUACGACCACAAUCACUGCGAACGAUUACGGGACGAUCGCCUCACUAUCUGCUCUCGUUACAGCGCAAAGGAGGGUCUGAGAUCGCCGAACAUAAUGGCUGCAGCUACUAACGGCGAUGCAGCGGCGGCUUUAGACGACAUCAAGCCUCCCCAGGGUGUUAUCUUGCCACCCAAAGAAUUCAGAGUAAUCCUCGAGAAGACGGCCGGAUUUGUCGCGCGAAAUGGCCUUCCCUUUGAAGAUCGCCUCCGAGAAAAGGAAAAGAACAACCCCAAGUUUAGCUUCCUGAACCCCAGCGACCCGUACAAUCCCUUUUACCUAUGGAGAUUUAGUGAGAUUAAGGAGGGCCGUGGCACGACAGUCGCCGCGGGGCGGACAGGUGAACCUGCUCCGGUUGAGGAGAAGCCGAAGGGCCCUCCGGAACCUCCAAGUUUUCAGUUCUCUGCGCGUAUGCCAAACAUCAGCGCCCAGGAUCUCGAGGUUGUGAGGCUGACUGCGCUGUUUGUCGCGAAGAACGGUCGACAGUUUAUGACGGCUCUAUCACAGCGCGAAGCCGGCAACUACCAGUUCGACUUUCUCCGACCAAACCACAGCUUACACAACUUCUUUCAGCACCUUAUCGAUCAAUAUUCCCUGUUAUUGCGGGCCGGGGGAAUUGAUGGAGAGGGUGGACGUGUCCAGCAAGAGCGAACAGCUGAACUGCAACGAAAUGUCGACGACAAAUUUCACAUUCUCAACCGCGCUAAACACCGCGCGGAAUGGUUGAAAUAUCAAGAGACCGAAAAGCAGAAGAAGGAAGAGGACGAGGAGAAGGAGCGUCUAUCAUAUGCACAAAUUGACUGGCAUGACUUCGUCAUUGUUGAGACUGUCGUAUUUACUGACGCUGAUGAUCAAGCAAAUCUACCUCCCCCAACGUCACUUUCUGAGCUUCAAUAUGCCUCUCUUGAGCAGAAGGCCAAGAUUUCCAUUAGUUCGAAUCUGCGAAUCGAGGAAGCGAUGCCGACUGACGAUAUGAAUGCAUACGGUGGAUAUGCAACUCAACAGAAUUACACCAUUCCACAUCACCCCGCCUACCCAGCUCAACAGCCACCCCCUGCACAACCUUACCAACCAAGCCCACCGGCCCAGGCCCAGGUCCCUCACGGAAUGGCACCACCACCAAGGCCUAAUGGAGCUAUGGAAGAUGAAGAAACACAGAGAAUUCGGGAGAGGGAGGAGGCGCGCGCUCGUAUGCAACAGGCACAGGCCGAGGCUAAAGGAGGUGCUCCGAUGAAGAUUAAGGAAAAUUACGUUCCCCGCGCUGCGGCGCGCGCUGCGAACAAGCAAGGAACGCAGAUGGCCCUGUGUCCUAACUGUAAAGAGCAAAUACCCAUGAAUGAGCUUGACGCGCACAUGCGAAUCGAACUACUAGACCCUCAAUGGAAAGAGCAGAAGGCCAAGGCCGAGUCGCGAUACGCAACGACGAAUUUAUCAAGCAUCGACGUGGCCAAUAACCUAAAACGACUAGCUAGUGCGCGAGCCGAUAUUUUCGAUCCCGUUACGGGGCAAGCUGUCUCUGAAGAGGAAAUGGCGCGUCGGAAACGGGCAGCGAUGAACUCCUUUGACGGAAACCUCGAAGGACGAAGCCAGGCUCACAUCAACCACAUGCAAAAUGUCAACGUCGACGAGCAAAUCGCUCGUAUCCAUCAAAAAUUCGCAAAGGAUAAAUAGUCUCGCCUGACCAGCCUACCAAAGCAGGGGGCAGAGCAUGACAAACGCAAAUAGAUCAUGUCACGACAGCUGCACAUCAGGACAACGAUGGUUUGAGGUGCUCA